AUGCAGGUAUACAACUUUUACCUGUUUAGUAGACAUGGCACAUGUCUCUACUAUCGGGAAUGGCAACGAACACGCCCCGGUUCGGACACACAACAAGAACAACAGAACCUCAUUGGUCUUCUCUUCGCCGUGAAACAGCUCUGCCGAAGCCUUGCUCCCGCGAAUGAUGACUCUCUUCCUAUCGACACAGCAACUCGGUACAUGCCGAGAGGACCAUCUAACUUUUGCAGUUACUCGACGGAGAAAUACCAGUUGCACUGCUUUGAGAGCAGCACCGGCCUGCGCUUCGUACUGACAACGUCGCCAACGGCAAGCGACCUAACCCGGAUUCUGCAGCGCGUCUAUCGCGAAGCGUAUGUCGAAUGUGCAAUACGCAAUCCGCUCUACACACUCGGCACAUCGAUCGUGAGUGAGAGCUUUCGAAAGCGACUCGACUCGGUGAUUCGCACGCUCGCAGUGGAGUCGACCGUCUUUCGACCAGCAAGCGAGAAGGCGCUACGCGGUAAUGGAAGCCCUGCUACGAAAUCAUAG